AUGCUGGUAUCCUUGCCAAAAGCGGCAGAUGCCUUGGCGGCAAGCGGCUUGUCGUCCGCUACGUAUUCGGAUAUCGAACCGAAUCCCACGGACAUCAGUGUUACACAGGGUGUAGAAGUUUACAAAGCUGAGGCGUGUGAUGUCGUCAUCGCUGUCGGAGGCGGAAGUGUGAUGGAUGCCGCCAAAGCUAUCCGUCUCUUGGCGACCCAUGAACCACCCGCUGGCGAGGUUUCCAACCUCGCUCCAUAUUACGCUGAUGUUGGUGGCGUCGAGCGAAUCCGAGGCGAUAUGCCACCGCUGAUAUGUGUACCAACGACUGCCGGUACCGGCAGUGAGGUGUCACAAGGCUCAAUCAUAACGGAUACAUCUCUACAGACAACCGAUCGAUGGCGGAAGCGUGCAAUCGUUACACCCUUCAACAUGGCGAACAUAGCACUCCUUGAUCCGGGAAUAACCCUUGGCAUGCCAUCUGCCCUUACUGCCGCGACAGGUAUGGAUGCCAUCACACACGGUAUCGAGGCGUAUGUGGCGACGAAGUACCACCCUAUUGCUGAGGGGGUUGCAUUGCAGGCACUCAGAAUGUUGAGCGCGAAUAUCCAACAGGUCUAUCACAAUGGUGAGGAUGUAACCGCACGGGGGGAAAUGCUUUUCGGAUCAUGCAUGGCAGCAUUUUCGUUCCAGAAGGGGCUCGGCGCGGUCCAUUCGCUGGCGCAUCAACUCUCUACAGAUGCGCCUAUUCCGCAUGGUAUAGCGAACGCGAUCCUUCUCCCUCCUGUUAUGGAAUUUAACUUUUCUCAUGCAAACGAGAAAUAUGCAGAAGUCGCGCGUGCUUUAGGUAUAGACACCAGGGACAUGGAGAUCGACGAAGCAGGGUAUGCUGCUAUUGAUAAAAUCAGGGCAUUCAACGCUGAGCUGAAGAUGCCCGCAGGACUUGGAGAUGCUGGUUUAGACCGGGGAAAGAUUCCAAAACUCGGCGCGGAUGCAAUGCUUGAUCACUGCCACAAAUUCAAUCCGAGGGUGUGUACGGAAGAGGAUAUGGUGGCUUUGUUUGAAGCGGCGUUCUAA